CGGUGCCCCUUCGUCCUCCAGCAGUUAAGGGUCGUGUUUUGCGAAGCUGUGUGGAAAAGGAGCUGCUGUACUAGAUGUAAACACAUAUGACGGUGAAUGAAAAUAACAGCGGUUUAGAGUUAUCGUGGUGGCGGUUUUUAAUUUCGUGUUAUCUGGCGAGUUACUGGUGCUUGAUCUCCGCCAGUACUACUAGUCUAGUACGUCCGACACGAACCUCAACCUGCCUUGCAAGCCUGGUCUGUAAAGUUGAAGCCAUUGAAGCAUCCUUCAGUCCUAAUGGGGUACUAGUAUGCUGUUGUGAGGCAGAGACUGAAGGAGCAUGGUGAAGCACCAACCCCUGCAGGUCUACGAGAGGCAGCUGUGCUUGUCAUGCCUGACUGGGAUCUACGGUUGCCGCUGGAAACGAUACCAGCGGUCACAUGACAACAGUACCAAGUGGGAGUGCCUAUGGUUCAUAAUUCUCUUUCUCACCUUUAUCCUGCUCCUGUGCUGGGCUUUCUUCUGGUGGAGUGCACGCAAUGAUUACAGCGAGUUCAACUGGCUGUUGUAUAACCGCUCAGGGGACUGGACUGACAGCACUGUGGCUAUUGUCACCACAACAGCUGCCAGCUUUACCUAUGUUGCAUUUUUAAUGAUUCUAGCACUUUGCCACAUUGCUGUGGGACAGCAACUAAACCUAUUCUGGCUUCAUAAGACAUUGGUAACUGCAGCCUUGCUGAGCACAAUUGCAGGGUUGAUCUAUAUCAACAGGCUGUGGGGUGAUGAGUGGAACACCAUUGUGAUUUCUCUUCAGUCCAUGGGUCCCUUUCUGCAUAUUGGGGCUCUUGCUGCCAUCACCAUGCUGGCCUGGUUGGUUGCUGGGCAAGUCAUCCAUGUGGAGAGAACGAAUUCCCAAGCCCUGCUGCUACUGGGCUAUCUUGGUGCCAUACUGUGCCUGUACCUGGCCCCACUUGCCAUCACAGCCCCCUGCCUCAUGGACUCGGACCACCUCUCACCAAGGCCUGCUGUCAUUGGUCGUCGUGGAGCACCAACGCUAGCUCCAGAAAACACAUUCCUGUCCUUCACCAAGGCCCUGCAGCAGAAAGUCAGUGGGUUGGAAGCUGAUGUAACCAUCAGCCUCGAUGGUGUCCCCUUCCUCAUGCGGGACCACUCUCUGAGGAGAACGACAGACGUGGACAGGCUCUUCCCAAAGAGGCAGUUCGAUGGCGCUUCCUCCUUCAGCUGGGCAGAACUUUCUACCCUCAAUGCCGGCCAGUGGUUUCUAAGGGAUGACCCUUUCUGGAUUGUGCAGUACAUGACCCCAAAGGAACGUGCCCAAGUUGCAAAUCAGUCAGUAUGUCGUCUGGAGGAGAUGCUUCAGCUAGCUGUAGAGUCCAACUGCUCAGUCCUCUUUCACCUUCGCCGACCACCGCUAGGUCAUCCGCGUCAUGUCAGCUGGGUAAACGACACCCUACAGGUGGUUCUGCGUUCAGGGACUCCUCAGAAACGGGUGAUGUGGACCCCAGACUGGGACCGUGAGGUGGUGCGCCAGGUGGCCUCAGGCUUCCAGCAGACCUCUGAGGAGAAGCUGUCCACAGAGGCCCUACAAGACCAGGGCAUCCUCCAGGUCUACCUGCGCUACAACCAGGUCACCCGCUCAGACCUCCGAGAGUUCUCGGCGAACAACCUGAGUGUGACUCUUUACACGGUUAAUGAGCCUUGGCUCUACUCAGCGCUGUGGUGCAGCGGCGUGUCCUCAGUCUCCUCUGACGCCCCCCAUGUUCUCAGGAAUGUGCCUUAUCCUGUGUGGCUCAUGAGCCCCGGUGAAUACUGCUUGAUAUGGAUACUGUCUGAUCUCAUCUCUUUCGCCAUUAUAAUUGGAAUUUUUAUAUUCCAAAAGUGGCGAAUGAGCGGUGUGCGCAGUUACAACCCUGAGCAGAUUAUGUUGAGUGCAGCAGUCCGGCGCUCCAGCCAGGAUGUCAGCCUCAUGAAGGAGAAACUAAUCUUCUCAGAGAUCAACAAUGGCAUCGGAAGCUCUGAAGAGCUUUCACUGUACACAGGAAAUGGCUACGACUGCUACGCCAACGAAGGCAUUGCCUGCUGAUCACAGUGCUCUCUAGUGACAAAUUGAAAGGGAGGGCGAAGAAAACUCUGGCUUUUUGUUGCUUGCUUAUUUCUGACUAAUAUGGACACAAUGACUUUAUUAAAUGAUGCAUUAUGACACAGCAGAGGUUGUUUGCAUGACUCAAAAUGCCACAUGUUUCUGUACUGUAAUGUUCUGUAAAUGUGCUUCCUUUUUUUACUCCUAAAUGUAUAAAUUUAAUAUGUGGGCUUUGACUGUAAAUGGACUCUGUGAGGGGAAGGUGUCCUUUUCCCUCCCAUUCAUGGCAUGUGAAACAGCCAUGCCUUUUCUGCUUUGUCAAAGCAACUUCCUGGGAACCUGAACAGCGUUGAAGAUGGGAGACAAGAAUGCUGUGUGCUAGUCUAUUAUAACUAUAUGUCAAGAUUCACACUGGCCUGAAAGACAGGUUUUUAAUAAUUUGAAGAUUAAAGAAGGUAACUCAACUGACUCAAUGAAACUGAAGAAUCCCUGGGACUAAAUUUAGAUCUUUCUUGCUCUCUCUCUCUCACACACACACACACACACACACACACACACACACACACACACACACACACACACACAGAGAGAGAGAGAGUGCUGUGUUGCUUGGCCCUUUUCCAAGAUUCCUAAUUUCAUGUCAACAUGACAAGUAGAAGUAACCCACCUCCUCUUUAAAUAGGCUGUCUUGUAUUUAAA